AUGAGCUCUUGCGCACACUUCGAGCAAUUAAGAUCCCCAACACACUCUUCCAUUCUUCUUCUCCUCUCCCAUCUCUUCAACACAAAAACCCUACUGCUUCCCACCAAACCGACACCCACCCCCUCGCCAAGCAUUAACUACAAUGUCUCUCCGCGCCGUCGCGGCCGCCGCCGCCGCCGCCACAACAGUCGUCAUCUUCUUCCACCCCGUCACUGCAGCACAUCACCCCGCCUCCUCUCCCUUCUCAAUAUCCAUUCCUCCAUCACAUACCAUCGCCUACCCUCCCUCCACUUCUUCGACAAAAUCCCCCGCCGCAUCACCAGCAAAACCCCUUUUCACUUCUCCCGCGAAAUCGCCCGCCGCCCCCCCGCCGCAUCGCCGGAGAAACCCCUUUUCACUUCUCCAGCGAAAUCGCCCGCCGCAUCACCGGCGAAAUCCCUGUUUUCUUCACCAGCGAAUUCACCAGCCGCAUCGCCGGCGAAAUCUUUGUUCACUUCUCCGGCGAAGUCCCCUGCUGCAUCGCCGUCAAAAUCAUUUUUAACUUCUCCGGCGAUUUCCCCUGCCGCAUCACCGGCGAAAUCCCUCGUCGCUUCUUCUACUCCAGCUAGUACACCAACACCAAAUGCUUACCCGAGUCCACCUCCAACAUCGCACUCGCCGAUCGCACCCCCUAUCGUCUCCCCGUCCUCCCCUCCACCUGCAUUGUCUUCUCCGCCGUCGAUCGUCCCCAUUGCCUCCUCUCCGGUGACUACCGUGCCUCCUACGACGGCGGUCACGGUUCCCGCUGUCUCCCCGAACAAGCAGCCGAAUGGUACGAAGGUGAGACCGCCGGUAUUUUCUCCCGGCGCGGAUAUCGCCGCCUCUCCGGGGCCAAAUAGUUCGUCCGACGAGAAGAGUGGAGCUGCAACUAUAAUGAAGAUGGGAAGGCUUUGUUCAGUAUUAUUGGAGCUUCUGCUGCCCUUUGCCAUAUUGGCCUGA